CCUCGUGCUACCAUCGAUAUUAUUAUCAUUUGGCGCCUGCCCAGCAUUUGGUUGAGAACCGUCCUCUCUGUAUCUACUCGAGAUGCACGUGGCCGUACUGGCAUACUCCUUCGGGGGUGUUUCCCUUGCCUCGACCUUCGCCGUGACAGUUCUCAAUGGCCUUUGCUACGCAUCUUCCAAGUCUGCAUUAUCCCCUAAUUCUUCGAUUGAGAUUGCCCCUGUUGUUCUCAGCUGUCUGGAUUGCAUCAGCUUGACAGCUUUGCUCCUACUUUUGGCCAAUGAUGUCAAGACUGGUAUACAACAGCGGGGCAGGUGGAAGGUCAAAGCAUACUGUCCCAUCAUCGCAUACCUCUUCGUUGCGAUUGGGAUAACAGCAGGAGCAAUAGCAUCAAGUCAUACAGAGUUGGGGAGAGCUCGGUCAUUGCUCAUUGCCCGCUGCGUCAUUUGGGCUGUUUCUUCUUUUACCAAAGGCCUAUUUGGCGGCCUCAUCUUGAUGUACUUGUGCAAUGGACGAUCACGCUCAGAUUCAUCGGACCUCGAGAUGCUGCCCGACAUUUCAAGCAUGCGAACUGAGAUGAUACGCAAAUCCCCAUCGCCUACAUUUGACUCACAGCGCCCUUCCUUGUCAGCCGACCCUAAGAUUAGCUCGGACGGGUUGACUCCUAUCCAGCAUUCGGCGUCCAGCGUAUCGAAUCGGUAUUCUGGGAGAACGCUCUUUCAACAAGACUCUAAACGCAGCUCACUCGACCAGAGUUCUGCAGGGCUGUCCGCUUCAGACAAACUGGAUGGUCUUGAGGACCGCGACGCUAGCCCUGCGGUUGAUCGCAAUGGAUCGCAUAAGAUCCAACGGAGUCACUCCGAAAUCAAGAGAUCCCUAGACAGCGUGGUACUUUCGCCAUCACCGGGACCCUCAUCACCAACGGCGUCAUCAAUCAACCUGGAGCUUCCGACGAAGCCACCUCCACCGAAAGUGAAGAUCACCAAAGAAAGCAACAUCCAUCCCCUAUUUCGCUCUGACAGUCCCUCGCCACCACCGACACCGACAGUUGGUACAAUCGUCAAGGCAUCCCCGGUGGCUGGUCAAACCAUUACGAUGAAGACGUUGAGCCGGGUGAGAUCCACCAAUUCGCUCCGCGUCAACGGGCCGCGAAGUCGAUCACCGUUGUUUGAAAGAAUGGACCAAGACCAAGACCAACCGGGAGACCAGGGGCUACCGAAACCAGGGAGGAUAGCAGAGCCAUCAGGGAAUAUGCCAGGGUUUAUCCUGGCAGCUGAUGUGCGGAGGUCGAUUUCGCAAUAUGAGAAAAGGUAUGAUUUGAAUGAGUCGCCUCAUGAAAGUUAGAUCCAUAUUUCCUUUGUUCCUUUGGCAUUAUUUUGUUUUACUUCUCCUUUUUUAUACUCUACUAUUUCUUUGUGUCAUUCUUUAAAGCCACGAAAAUAGCGUUUGAUUAUUUCCCCCUUUUUGAGCCUUGCUAUGUAUAUAGGAGCUUGAGAGGGAUGGACGAGACGAACUGAUGUUUAUAAUUAUGAAUACAUACCAUUUACUAUUCAGAUAGCAAUGUCAUCAACAGUAGACGAGAGGAUCUGCAAGAGCCAAUUAGACCAGGAGCGUAGCUUUUCUGAUUUCAAGUAGCGGUCGGUGUUGGAUAGGUAGGUAUCGUGAUUGACCGACAUCACCACAUGAUCAUGCUUAUGCCACCGACAUA